GACUAGAGAAAGGGGUAACAAAAGUCGUUGGUACAGUUGGUGGUUAGAAGCCUGCACGAACAAAGCCGCCGGUUCUGACUGUUCGGCUCGGGGUUCCCCGGCCAAAUUUAGCUUGGAGCAAGUCUCGCAAGCGCCGGCGGCCACGAGAGCAGCCUCAGCUCCGACCGAUCGCCGCGACCAGUAGGCCGACCUCCGGCGGCUGGCGAGCCCGUAAGCGCCCACCUCUUGUGUUCUUGCUCGGUCCGUCGAGCCUGUGUGGCGUGUGCCAAUUUUUGUGUGAGCCAGCGAGCUGGCGAGAUGGCAGAGCCAGAGGCGCGGAUCACCACUCUGGGUUCUUCAGCCUUCAGGUUCACAGUAGACUACGAGCAAAGCAAGAAGGUUCCCGUCGGCAAGGCCAUCCACUCCGACGUCGUCUCCGCCGGUGGACACCACUGGAGGAUCGAGUUCUUCCCGCGCGGCCAGAGCGAGGCCGACAAGGGCGAGUAUGUAUCCAUCUUCUUCAGGCACAUGAGCAAAACCAGAAGGAUCAGGGCCAUCAUCGAGGCCUUCGUCACUGGCAGCGACGGUAAUCCAUCUGUGCCAGACAUACUGCAGAGGACAUUUCAAACCUUUGAAAUCAAUGGAGAUAAAGGCCGCCACGACUCCUGGGGAUGGAAUCGAUUUGCCAAGGGGACUAUUCUGGAGAAAAUUUUCUUAGCAGAGAGGCACGUCACGUUUGUAUGCGCCAUCAUACUCAUUGGUGACAAACCUGCUAUUCUUGUCCCGCCUUCAGAUAUAGGGGCUCAUCUUGGCCGUCUGCUUGAUCGUACCGACGGGACUGACGUUUCAUUCAUCAUUGGCGAUGAGACAUUCCAUGCUCACCGGGCGGUGCUUGCUGCCCGCUCACCGGUCUUUAGAGCACAGCCCUUCGGUUCCAUGUCUGAGGCCACAAUGUCAUCCAUCAGGCUGCACGAUAUCACGCCUGCAACAUUCAAAUUUAGGCUUGGAUUCAUAUACAUGGAUGAAUUACCCGGAGAAGAUGAGUGUAACGACUAUUCCACUGAGAUGCUCCAGAAUCUACUCGCUGCGGCUGAUCUAUAUGCACUUGAUCGGCUGAAGGUUAUUUGUGCCCAGAAGUUAUGGAAUAAAGUUUCAGUAGAUACAGUUGCAACUAUGUUAGCUUGUGCUGAAACCUAUAACUGUCAGGAAUUGAGGAACAACUGCAUUGACUUCUUCGCGGUGGAAGCAAAUUUUAAGGAGGCCAUGUUCACCGAUGGUUAUGCAUUGUUGGUUCUAAAAUUCCCGUUGAUUACUGCUGAGCUCAAAAAGAGGGUUAGGGCAUAAACAUGCGUAUACUUCCAGCAAUCAUAGUUUUAUUAUGGUGUUUUGGUUUUUGUGAGUGGUAUCUGACAUCUUGUGAAGCAUAUAAUCUAUAUUUGCUGAGGAGGGAGCCUGGAAGCUAGAAAUUGUACAAUCUUAUUUCUGAAGUGUUAGGCUUAGUUGCUAUCGAGUGUUGAUACCGAUAAAUCAUAUAAUUGCCAAAUUAGCAACUCGUUUCUCUGUUUU